AUGCAGUGGCAGCCUACGCCCAGCGCCCUGGUGUCGACCUUUGUCGGGCUCGACUGCUACGCGUUGUUCCAUAGCAAUCCUGCGCUCUACUGGUUCGGCGUCAACUUUAUGGGCACAUUCAGGCACACAUCUGGCAAGCUGCGCAACCCGCGGCGCAGCAGGCACAGGUUAACGUCUCGCCCACAACAACAAGCUGUGCCAGACGCAGGGCCCUCUUGUUCCACCUCGUCGUACUUCGACGGCCAGCCAUGA